AAGCAAGACAAGUGCAGUUUCACAACAAUAAUAAUAAAAAUGUGGUCAAAAUUUCAAACAUCGUCAUUCUUAUCAGUCGUUUGUAACCGUUAAAAAUUGUAAAUUGGAAUAUUUCCGAUUACGAAUAGGAAGUUGGAUCCCGUAUUCUCGUGAUUUAUUUAUUAUUGAUCAGUAUUCUUUAAUCCAUCAUAUUUAUAAUUAUUAAUUAUUAUUAUUAUAAUUAUAGCCGUAACUUGUAAUGCCGUACUCGUUAGUACCUACUUAGUAUUCGUUAAUCGUACGGAUAUUUGUAUAUUGUGUUUUUCCGUAUUCGAUGGUCUCCGCGUCUUCAAUCUUCAUUGUCGUUGUAAAUUGUAAUACCCACCAGUGGAUGUCGAACACUACCGAAUCGAACAAAAGGUACUUCCGACUGGAUUUUGAUUACAGAUUUUGAUCCACUCGGCGGCAGAAAACCGGGUAGCCGGUAGGUUUUUCAUAACGUUUUCGUCCAACUCGUCCACAGGCCAGUGAUCACGCGCAUACCAUUAGUUACCAUUGUGGUAUCUACUUAGGUGGCUUGGUGGCUUUCAAUUUGUUCUGGUUUGCAACGUAUGUAUACACAAUGACUAGAAUAUUAACGACCGCGUCAGAUGUGUAUGAUCGUAUGUCGGAGUCUUUGAACGGCCACAACAACGUCAAGUAUAUGCCAUAUCGUAUUGCUCUGAAAUUGACUGUCUUGCAAAAAUACACUAGCCUGGAUAAAGUUUCAUUGUAUGUAAUAAAUGGUGUUUAUGAACAGCAUAAAGGAAAAAAUCUGAAUCUCAUUGAUAAAAAUGUGUUAGAUGAUAUUGUAUCUGAUAUCUAUUUUGCGGUCCAAAAGGAGCACUCAGAUUUAACCUUUGAUGGAGAAAUAGUAUCUAACGUUUUGGUUCAGUUAUUGGGCCAAAUAUUUUCAAAGUAUACAAAUAAACAAAUCAAUUUGAGAUCUGCGCUUAAUGUCAUAGCAUGUUUAUCAUGUGAUAGACUUCGUGUACGAUUGGGUUAUAUGUUCCAGUUAAAUUGUCUUAAUAAUGAACUUGGAUUAACAAAAGAAUGUUUUAGAAAUUUUUUAAGGGAUCUCAGUUUAUUACUGAACUUUUUAUCAGAAAAAAGUGUGUUUGAGUCUUCGUCCAUUAACAAUAUUAUUGAUAAUUGCUUCCAAAAUUUAAACAACCCAAAUUGUAUGACUGAAGCUGACUUCAUGCAAUGGUUUAUGACUGAGCCACCAGUUUUAGAAUGGUUACAAAUAUUGUAUAGAAUAAAAAUGGCAGAAAAUGUCAACCAUGAAGUGAACUGUAAAGUUUGCAAAUUACCUGUGAAAGGUUUACGCUAUUUUUGUUUAAAAUGUGUAAACUAUAACCAGUGCCAAAACUGUUUUCUGAUUGGCGCCACUAAUAAAAAACAUAAAUUAAAGCAUGCUAUGCAAGAAUAUUGUUGGCUGGAAACACCCCAACAGUUAUACACACAAUACUUAAAAUCCUAUUUGGGAAGAAUUUUUGGUAUAACAUCAAAAAUUCGAUAUCUUCCUGUUGAGAUGCCUCUUGAUGUUAUUGAAACAAAACAAAACGUUAAAGAAUUUAGUACUAUCUCAGUUGAUUCCAUCGCAGUCAAAUCACCUCGUCAAGAAUUGCAAAGUGUUAUAUCACAAAUAGAAAGAGAAAAUAGACUGUUGGAGAUUGAAGUAAAUACGUUGAAACGAGGUGAUUCUCAGUUUGAAGCGUUUUUAGACCAACACCGGAGCAAAAUCGAAAGACAGUUGAUACGUCUAAAACAAUUAAAGAACCAUUUAACUGGUACGUUCGGACGCGGAAAGAUGAAGCGUAUGCAGAGCACGCCGCUCAUCAUGUCGAGACCGGACCGUAAAGGUGAUGGAAUCGCCGCGGUCAAUCUGAGUCCGAUAUUUUCUGCUGAUGCGUCGUCGCGCGCCGUGCACAGCUGUACUGGUCUGGAUGCACUCAGCACGUUGUACGGCGAGAGGACGGGUGCCGGAGAAGGCUUGGCCACCGAACCGAACGAGUUUUCUUACUGGCUGGGCCCGAAAAUCGCCGCCGCCAAGAACCGAGAAUUGGACGGAACUUAUAUCGAAAAACCGGCUGACCACAGCGACAAAGAAAACGACACUGCAGCGGCCAUUGCCGUGUCAGCCAGACCCGAGCCCGAACCGCCGUCGUCGGUCUUAUCCGACAUCCUGAACAUACCGUCAGGUGGUGGAGGCGGGCCCAAGUCUCCUGACAAAAUUUCCAUCACGGUCAACAAACAGUCGUCGGUGUGGCUCAACGCAAGUAGAGACUACGCCAGAGAGCCAACUGACGACAAAGACAUGGACGAAUUACAUACCGAAUUAGAUAAGAUUUUGGACCAGUUACAGAAACUCGUGACUUAGAUAAAAAAAAAAACAAAUAUUUAUUUUUUUCCUAUUAAAUCUAAUUAAAUUUCGCACUCUAUAAUAUUGUAUAAUUUAUAUAUACAUGUAUUAUACUUUGCAUCAUAACGUAUUACUAUAUUUAGAAUAACUUUAUUUAUUUGUAUAUAAUUAAUAGCACAUAUUUUAAGAGUGGAUCGCAGUACUUAAAAAUACAUAUUUUUGCAAUUACAUUUUUAUUAAAUUCAUAAAACUAUC